AUGUCUUCUAAGAUGUCUAAAGCUCUUUUGAAAGAAGCAAGAGAAGCAAUUAAAAAUAAAGAUUACAAAACCUCAUUGAAACUAUGUAAGAAUAUACUACGUACUGAAAAAGAGAAUUAUGUGGCGUUGGUAUUACUUGGUGUAUCCCUUCAAGAAGUUGGACCUAAAGACCAAGCACCAUUUGCAUUUCGCAAAGCAGCACAAUUAAGUCCAACUCAACCAUUGGCAUGGCAAGGUUUGGCAAAUUAUUAUGAAAAAGAAACGGGUGAAAGUAACAAAGAUUUAAUCGAAGUGUAUAGACAACUGUUAAUAAUUGAAACCGAUUUGAAAAAAUAUGCUGAAUUUUGUGAUAAACUUGUAACAGUGACUUUACAACAUCAAAAUGAAGUUGAAAAUGUUGUUAAAUUUUUACAUGAAGAAACAUUAAAAGAAGAGUCUUCACCAGAAAAAUGUAAUAUUAUUUGGGAACAUGUUGCCUUAUUACUAACUCAGCUAACAAAUGUUCCAACAAGUUUAAAUACUAUUUAUGAAAAUGCCUUAUCAUCUGUCGUUAAAUGUAAAUCAACGGUAACUAUAGAUUAUUAUAAACGAUAUUUGAAACUCCUAUAUAAAAAUAAAGCAUUUAAUCGACUCAUAACCGAAGCAAUUGCGAUGAAUUCAGUGUAUUCAUCAGAAGUUUAUCCAUUAGAAUGGAUAUGCAAAGUGUACACAGAAUUAAUAAUUGAAAAUAAUGAUUUGGAAAUAAAUAAUGAACAAAUUAUAAUUUAUAUUGCAAAAUUAUUAGAACUUAAUAAAGAAUCCACAAUGGCGUUAUUAGCUAAAGCUGUUUUAUUAUAUGGUGAAGAAAAGUAUUCAGAAUGUCGUGAAGUUUUAAAUACGCUUACUUCGAUACGUGGAUCAAUGCAUUCAUGGAUAUUAAUGGCAAAAUGUAAUUAUAAAUUAUAUUGCUUUAAUGAAGUGGAAGAAGCAGCUGAAAAAGCACUUCAACUUAUUUCAAAUUUAAAUAAUUCGAAUUCAAAUUUAUUGAAAUUAUGUAAAACUUUAUUGUGUGAAGCACUUAGUCGGCAGUGUCUUAAUGUUGAAAAAUUAGAAAAUGCUGUGAAAAUAUGUCAGGAAAUUCUUCAAGAUUCUGAACCAGAUUUUACUGUAUUAAUAUCGUAUGCUCGUGCAUUAAUGCUUUUAAAUCGAUAUGAAGAAGCUGAAAAACAAUUGAAAAUUAUUAAAUCAUCUCAUGAAAAUCAUCCAGAUGUGUAUUUGAUUGAAUCGAUAAAAUUGAAACAAGAAAAUAAACUAGAUGAAGUUUUAAAAUUGCUACAAAGUUAUGAAAAACGAGAUAACGCAGAAAUCCUUUUGGAAAUCGGCGAUAUUCAUUGGAUUAGAAAAAAUUAUAAAGAAAGUUUAAUGUCAUAUUUAGAGGCUGCAAAACUUGACCCCAAUCGUUAUUUAUGUUUUGUAAAAUUGGGUAAUUACUAUUUAGAAAUAAAUGAUAAGGAUAAAGCACGGCGUUGUUAUCAAAAAGCAUUUAAAACCAAUCCAAAAUGUGAUGUAGCUGGUAUUGGACUGAGCAACAUUUAUAGGGAGCAAAAAAAUUGGGUCGAAAAUCAACUAUUAUUAGAAAGCGUAACUGUUAAAGGAUUGGAUAAGCGAUGUAAAUGGGCUUGGAUUCAAUUAGGGGUACAUUAUUUGGAGCAAGGAAAUUAUAAUGAGGCCAUUAAUAAACUUCGCAGUGUUAUUCGAUUAGAUCCCAAAGACAGCCAUGCUUGGGAAGCCUUAGGUGAUGCAUAUCUAGCACGUGGUGCCUAUACAGCUGCUAUGAAAUCAUUUCAAAGAGCUGCUGAGUUAAACACGGAUUCCUUAUAUCCAUUAUUGCAAAGUGCUUCAAUUAAACAUUUAAUUGGUCAAUAUACAAAUUCUAAGGAACAAUAUCAAUUAAUUUUAAGAAAUAAUGCAAAUUAUGUGCCAGCAUUGAAAGGAUUAGCAGAAACCUGUUUAUCAAUGGCUAAAUCAAAAUAUCAUGAUCAGUUAAUUGGAUGUGCAAGGGACAAUAUUCAACUUGGAAUCGAUAGUGUUACAUUAGCUUUAAAACAACGAACAGAUUUAUCAUGCUUGUGGAAAAUCUUGGCAGAUUGCUGUCAUUUUGCUGCCAAAUUACCGGAGAAAUAUUGUUAUGUUUAUGUGAUUUCAUCUUUGAUUACCACUGAUUCGAAAAAUAAUCUUGCUAUUAUUCAUCGUAUGGAAUUAUUCGAUCUAGCUACAAGAUCAUAUUGCAAAGCAUUAAAUUUAUCAAAUUCUCAUGCCUUAAUAUGGCAUGACAUAUCAUCAAACUAUUUCACAAAAUCGAAAUAUAUUGAGGAUAAAACAGAAAAAAAGAAAUUACAAGAACGUGCCUUAAUUGCAUCGAAACAUUGUGUUACAUCGAAACAACAACUAUGGCAACAUUGGAAUCUUUUAGGGAUAGUUGCCGUUGAAUUGAAACAAUUAAAAUUAGCACAACAUGCAUUCAUUAAAUGUAUUUUAUUAGACAAGAAUAAUGCUGCCGCUUGGACCAAUUUAGGAACUUUAUAUUUAAUGUUAGGUGACUUAAAGUUAGCAAAUGAAGCAUUUACUAACGCCCAAAGAUCUGAUCCUGGUUAUGUACAAAGUUGGAUUGGACAGGCUUUAAUAGCAGAAUCACUUGGACAUGAAGAUGCCAUGGAUUUAUUCAGACAUUGUGCACAAAUUGGGCCUGAACAUGCUCAAGGUGGAUUAGGCUAUGCACAUUGGGUUUGUUCAACUUUAAUAUCGGUUGGACCACGAGCUAAUGAAUUAUACAGCAUAAAAAAUAUGCAUGCAAUACCAGUAGCAACCGAUGUGAUAGAAUGGUACACAGAAAAAUAUCCUGAAAAUGCAUGCGCUUGGAAUAUGUUGGGUGUAUUGAAAGAACGUCAAAAAUUACAUCAAAGUGCCGAAUAUGCAUACAAAAAAUCAUUAGAAUAUAUCGAUUCAGAUCAUAAAGACAUGGUUUUAACUAAUUUAGGUCAAGUUUUAGUAAAGCUUGGUAAAUAUACAGAGGCGAUUGAUUAUUAUAAGCAAGUGUCCGAAGCUAGUUUCUUAUCUGGCGUUGGAUUAGCAUUGGCGUAUUUCAAAGCUGAAAUGCAUGAAGAGUCUUAUGAGACAUAUGAAAGUGCUUUGGAAUGGUUGGCUCCUGAUGAUAAUAAUAAGUCUCAUGUUUUGGUUGCAAUGUCUACAAUGGCAUACAUGUUUCAAGGGCCUGACGAUGCAAAGACAUUACUUUUUCAAUGUAUUGAAUUGGACCCGCCAUCAAUUCCUGGUUUAUUUGCAGCUUGUGCUUUAGGAUUAUUACAUGGUGAUAUUAAAUUAGCACAUUUAGUUUUAAAAGAAUUGAAUGCUUAUAUCAAUGAUGCUGAUUACUUAAGUGAUAUUGCUGAUUUAUGGACAUUUAAUUAUAUUAUACAAGAUGAACCUACCAAAGCAAAGAGUUAUCUAUGUCAUGAUGUACAUAAACAUCCCAAAGAAGCCAAUUUAUGGCUAUCAUUAUCAAGAUUAUUGUUACGAUUAGAUCAAUCUACAGAUGCUGCAUCAAGAUGUGCUAUGGCUGCAAUUUCACUUGGUCGAUCAAUAAUUGACAUUUCAAAAAUUCUAUGCCUCGUAAGUUUAGCUGAAAUGCUAAAUGGAAACUUCACUAAAGCUUUACGUAUAGCACAAAAAGCCGUUCAUAGUUAUCCAACUGUUUCGGAAGGUUGGAUGUUACUAAUAUCAUCAUUUUUACCGACAUGUGAGAAAACCAGAAGUUACACCAAAACCGAAUGGUUGCGUCUUGUGAUCAACUAUGUACGAAGGAGAACUACCACAAGUAGACAAAUGACUCAGUGGUUAAGUAAUCAUGAACGAAAAGUAACGCUUAUGGCAGAUGAAUAUAAAGUUUAAAUUACGUUAUAUUA